AUGCGCGCCCCCUCCCUCGCGCUCACCACCGCCGCCGCGGUGGCUACAACCCUCUUCAGCAGCCUCACACACGCCGCAACAAAAGGCAUCGUCAGCGACACCAUCGUCAGCGACGCGCAGGCAUGCAGCUCCCUGUGCGGGCUCAACGACGCGUGCCUCACGGCGCUGUACCACAGCAAGUGCCACGAGUGCUGGCUGCUGGACUGCGCCCUCAAGAGGGAGCCCCAGGGCUUCUCGGCGGUGGGCAAGUCGACCAUCAAGCCCAAGCCCGAGUGCGACGCCGGCGUGGUGCCGCCGGUGCCGACCGAGUGCAAGAAGGCGGACGACGGAGGCGAUUCGGGUGCGUCUUCGAGCAGCGCCAUCAGCGGUAGCGCCAGCGGUACGGUAGCGAGCAAGACGGACGCGACGGGGGCGACGGCGGAUAAGACGACGAGUGCGGGCGCGGCGACGGGGACGAAGGACUCGGCGGCGGGGGGGAGGCUGGAUGCUUGGGGAAGGUCUUCGUCUUUGGGGGUGGUGGUGGUGCUUGCGGCGGGGGUUGUUGCGGCGUUUGCAUGA